CAGGCGCUCGGCUCUCCCUCUCCUCAGAAAAGCUUCGCCAGCCGCGGGCUUCUCCCAGCGCCCCGCGCCUUGACGCCCCGCGCGGUGGAUCCGUCGAGCAGGAUGGAGGGCUGCCUUGGAGAGGAGUCUUUUCAGAUGUGGGAGCUCAACCGGCGCCUGGAAGCCUAUCUGGCCCGGGUCAAGGCGCUGGAGGAGCAGAAUGAGGCGCUGAGCGCGGAGCUCGGGGGGCUGCGGGCCCAGUCCGGGGACGCCUCCUGGCGCGCGCGCGCCGACGAGGAGCUGGCGGCCCUGCGCGCCCUCGUCGAGCAGCGCUGGCGAGAGAAGCACGUGGCCGAGGUGGCUCGCGACAACCUGGCCGAGGAGGUGGAGGGCGUGGCGGGCCGGUGGCAGCGGCAGCGCGAGGCCCGCGAGCGCGUCGAGGCGGCAGCGGCCCGCAGCCGGCGCGAGCUGGACGACGAGCAGCGCGCCCAGGGCUGGCUCCGCGCGCAGGUGGCCGAGCUGCAGGGCGAGCGCGAGGCCCUGCGCGCCGCGCACGACGAGGAGCGCGCGGGGCUGAACGCGCAGGCGGCGGCCCGCGCCCCUCGCCGGCCCGCGCCGGCCCGCGCGCCCCCCGCGCCGGCCCCCGAGGUGGAGGAGCUGGCGCGACGGCUGGGCGAGGCGUGGCGCGGCGCGGUGCGCGGCUACCAGGAGCGCGUGGCCGACUUGGAGACGUCGCUGGGCCAAGCCCGCGAGCGGCUGGGCCAGGCCGUGCAGGGCGCCCGCGAGGGCCGCCUGGAGCUGCAGCAGCUCCGGGCCGAGCGCGGCGGCCUCCUGGAGCUCAGGGCGGCGCUGGAGCAGAGGGUGGACAGCCAGUGGCAGGAGCGGCUGCGGGCCACCGAGAAAUUCCAGCUGGCGGUGGAGGGCCUGGAGCAGGAGAAGGAGGACCUGCAGAGACAGAUCGCUCAGAUCCUGGAGGGCCGGCAGCAGCUGGCGCACCUCAAGAUGUCGCUCAGCCUGGAGGUGGCCACGUACAGGACCCUCCUAGAGGCGGAGAACGGCCGGCUGCAGCCUCCUGGCCUUGGGUCCAAGGCUGCUCUGGGCUUCCCAGGCCCCAGGCUGGAGCUGCCUUUCCCUGAGACGCCAGGCCGGCCCGCGGGGCCUCUGCCCUCCAGCCUCAGCCCCUCCAUCCUCUCCUCGCCUUUGCCUAACGCCCUCGACACGCCCAGGCCAGCUUUCCUGAAGAGCCAGGAGUUCCUCCAGGCCCACACCCCGACCUUGGCCAGCACUCCCAUCCCCCCCAGCCCUCAGGUCCCCUGCUCUGCUGCAGAGGCCCUGCUCAGAGCCCCGGGCGCCCCCGUCUCCCCACCACAGCCACAGCCACAGCCACAGCCACAGGCGGGCAAGCAACAGGUACCAGAGGCCCCGCAGGCCGGCACCGAGCCUGCCGUCUCUGCCGGCCUCCUGCCAGGGCCAGAGGAGCCUGGGGGUGAGCACCAGGAGGCGCGAGCAGGCCUGUCCCCCACGUACUCUGCGGCCCCACCCCUCAGCCCUGAUGCCCCCAGUGCAGAGGCCAAAGAGGAAGAGCCCAGUGGGGUUAGAGUGUUUGGCAGGGUGCAGGAGGAAGGGGAAGGGCCACUGUGGGAGCUGGCAGAGAAGGAAACGGUGCUGGAGGCCCAAAGGGCAAGCAGCCUGCAGCGGGAAGUGUGGGAAGAUGAGGGGGGUCUGGGCCUGAAGGAAACCGGGGACCCACAGGGGCCUGGGGAAGUAGAGGCCGCGCGGUCUCUGCAGCAGGAGACUCUGGGAAAAGAGGACCACGAGGGUCUGCAGUCCCCGGAGGAGAAGCAGGAGGAGGAGGAGGAGGAUGAAGAACCACUGAGAUUUUCAGAUGGGCCCUUUGAAACACGGCAAAGUCUGGGAAAUGACAGUUGGGAGCCGCCGGAGUCCUUGGCAGGAAAGGAUGGAGGAGGAACGAGUCCUCGAGAAAAAGGGACACACGAAUGUUUUCAGGAAACGCACGUGUUUUUAGGAAACGAGGCCCCACAGGCGCCGCUGCCUCUUGAGGAGGAAGGAGAAGGAAUCAGAUCUCCUGAAGGUGACGGGCAGAUACACUGGGGCCCAGGGACCGAAACGCAAGACGCAGGGGGGUCUCAGGAAGCGGGGAGCCGAGAGGCCUUGAGACGGCUCGAGGAGGGAAGUCAGGAGCUGCCCAGCUGCCCAGAAGCCGAGAACCAUGAGGCUGACUUAGCCGAAGACAGAGAGAAUCAGGAGCCACGGAAGGCUCUCGAAGAUGCACCGCAGGAGACCUGGGGACCCGCGGAGGAGAUGCAGCAGCCCCUCAGUGCCCCCUCGGGCGGGGACCCAGAGACCUGGACAGCUCUGGAGAAAGAGAAGCAAGAGCCACUGAGGGCUCCAGACGGCCAGAACCAGCAGGACGGGGGGGCCCUGGAGAGUGGGACUGGGCAGCUGUCGGGGGUCCUGGGAGGUGGCGGAGAGCAGGCGUGGACAGCAGAGCCACCGGCCUCUCCCGGGCAGGACUCAGAGCCACCGAACCCUCUGGAAGAAGUGACGCCGGAGUUGUGGACCCAGGAAGGGGGGAGUGCAGAGACCCUGGGAGCCUGGGGAGUGGAGACUCACGGCCUGCUGGGGUCUGCGGGGGGAACGCUGGCCACGGCCGCCCCUCCAGAAACGUCAGCGCCCAUGCAGCCACGAGAAGACCCGAGCCAGGAGCCCGCCGAGCCUCUGGAGAAGGGAGCUGAAGAGCCCCCGGGGUCUGUGGGGGAGCCGCAGCCACCACAGGGAGCACUGGACGAGCAGAGCGAAGACUCCCUGAGCUCUCAGGGCCCGGACUCCUCGAGCCUGCCGGACGAGGCGGACGAGGAAGGGGCCGGUGGCCUGGAAGAGAAAGUGACGCUGGAGCAGGAGGAGCCGGAGCCACUGAUGUGUGCACAGGAGAAACUGCUCCAGUCUGCAGCCGAGGGUCUGCAGAGAUGGGCGGAGGGGGGCGGGAGAGAACAGGCAGCUGCGGGGAGGGCCGCAGUGGACAGCGAAGAUGAAGAUGAAGAUGAGCCGGGCCUGAGGGAGGGCCUGGCAGGGGAGGAGUCUGCAGGGCAGGAAGGGGUGCUGCUGGCCGCCGCAGGGGGCGCCGGGCCCAGUGAGGAGGGCCAGCCCGGGAGCCCGGGGCCCGAAGAGCAGGCCCCAGCCCAGGGCGCCCUCGGGGAUGGAGGCGCUGAGGGGCCCCCGGGGACGUCAGAGCUUGCUGUUCCCCAGGAAGGGCCAGAGGGCGUGGGGCCCGUGUGGCGAGCUGCGGAGGCUGCCCCGUGGGGCUGUCCACAGGCCACCUGGGGGGCAGAGGCAGCGACGGGGACUUCUGCUGUUGGAGAGGGCCGGGCGCAGGGGCUUGGGGACCUGGGGGACGCAGGUCACCAGGCCAGCGAAGAGGUGGGGGAGGAAGUUCUGGAGGGGACGAGGCUGCAAGUUGCGGAAGCCAGAGAAGGUGUAGAGGUGACUCUGGAGUCGGGGUUCUCCCCACCACUUGGGGGGGCCUGGGACCCCGCAGGCAUGCCCACGAGCUGGGAGGAGCCCGUGCCUGGGGACCAGGAGCGGGGUGACACCCCUCAGCCUGGGCUUCCUGGGGCAGUGAUGGAAACUGCCGAGGCUGGACCCCCAAAGCCCCUGUCUCCCACUGAGGUCACCCAAGACAGCCUCGGACCCCAGCCCUGGGCAGAGGGCGGCCAGGAGGCCUGUGGGGGCCUAGAGGACAAAGUCGGAGCUCCGGGGUUGGGCGGCGAGCAGGAGCUGGGCUCUGGGGGGCUCCUGGAGGAGGGGGAGGAGAGCAGAGACGAGAGUGAGGCUGACGAGCUCGGCGAGACUCUGCCAGACUCCACCCCACUAGGCCUCUACCUUGGCUCCCCGGCCUCUCCGGGCUGGGCCCUGGCUGGAGAGCAGAGACCCUCCCCUCCCGGGGACACCCCAGAGGAGCAGCCCCUUGCUGCCCUGGCCCCCGAAGGCCUGCAGAGCCAGCCUUGGGUGGAGAAGCAGGAGGAGGAGGAGGAGGAAGGUGGCCGUGAGUCUGAGCUGUCAGAGGAGUUUGAGGACCUGGCAACGGAGGCCUCGCUCCUUCCUGGGCCCCCCCGGGGGCUCGCAGACCCCCAGGACCAGGUGCCCCUGCGGGAGCCUGCAGCCUGGGAGGGCGAGUCUGACGGAUUUGCUGAUGAGGAGGAGAAUGGGGAGGACGGAGAGGAGGACAGUGGGGAGGACAGAGAGGAGCACAGCGGGGAGGACAGAGAGGAGCACAGCGGGGAGGACAGAGAGGAGCACAGCGGGGAGGACGAAGAGGAACACAGUGGGGAGGAGGAAGAGGCGGAAGACAGAAGAGAGCCCGCGGCCUCUGUUGUUGGCCCUGAGAGAGGGCGCCCCCUAGAGUCUGAGGGCAUGGACUUGAGUAUCCCUGGGGGCGCAGGCUGGGGGGACGCUGAGACCUCCAGCUCUAAGGAGAGCUCUGACUCUGUGCCCUCGGGGAGGGACCCCCAGCUCCUUCUUGGGGUGGGGCAGGGGGGCCUAGAUGCGGGGGUGCCUCUGGGGGUGAAUGGGCAGGGCCCCAGCUUGCAGGAGGAGCUGGAGCACGUGAAUGGGGGAGUGAUGAACGGGCUGGAGCUGUCUGAGGAGGGGGGGCAGGGGAAACUGGGGACCUUGAUGGGGGAUCAGCAGGGCCCCCAGGAGGAGGUGGCCGGCACCCUGAAGACCCCUUGGGCAGGGGCUACCCUGAAUCUGGGCCCAGGGCAGUUCCUGCAAUUCACCCAGGGGGAGGGGGAGGGGGACUCCUGGUCCUCUGGGGAGGACUGAAGCAGGUCUUGGCCCAGCCCUGCGGGGGGGCUGCACCCCAACAUGAUCUCUUGACCUAUGGCUUCUGUCUGAGGGGCCUGACUGGUCAUGGUGAAAUGGAGUGUGGCCAGAGGACCGCUCCAGGCAAAGGGGACCCUGAGACUAGAGGCUGCCCCCUGGAUCUCACUGAGGGGUCAGGGGGCACAGGCUGGGCCUGGGGAUGCCUGAGGGGUGGAAGGGGCAGGCCUUCCUGCCCCGUCCCCCUAGGCUGUCUCUGAUGUCAGUGACCCUCUGGGUGCGCUGUGUCCUUUGUCCCCCAUUCCUGCCUGA